AUGGUGGGGGUCCUGGCCAUGGCGGCGGCAGCUGCUCCCCCUCCGGUGAAGGACUACGAGAUUGAGGCAUGCAAAAGGCGAAGGAAAGAUGAUGACAGAUCUUCCUGCAAAACGAUUACAAAAUAUUUAUCACCAAUAGGGAAGACUGGAGACAGUGUUUUCUCUCCACCAAAAUCCAGUAAUAUUCUGGAUUAUUUUAGAAAGACUUCCCCCACAAAUGAAAAGACACAGUCAGCAAAAGAGUGCAAGAUAAAGUCACCUGCACCAUUGCCUGCUGACAGUGGCAAACACUGUAAAACGUCUUUGGAAGUGUUCUCAAAUCUAGAGUUUAAGAAGAGAGGAAAGAGAGUUAAUUUAUCUCAUCGACUAAAUAGUGUUAAAACUGAAAAUGAAUCUCCAAUUAAAAUUAGUAGUGUUGGUAGCAAAGAAGACACUAGUCUAAAUAAUGAUUUUAUAGAAAGUAGUACUUCUGUGUUACUCUGCAAGAAACAUGUGGAGGUACUUGCAGAAAGUAUUCAAGAUAAAAAACACUCAAGCACUAUGACCUCCAUAAAAAACUCUAAGAAAGUGAAUCCUAAACAAAGGAUCACAAAAAAUGAUUGCAGAAAAAUGAGAAAAAGGAAGCACAGGGAUAUAAUAGAUCUAUCUGAAAGCAUACCAUGGGCUGAGGAGCUAAAUCUCCAUCAGAAAGAUGGUAAAGAUAGGAAACAGAUAACGCCUUCCCUAACUAAUGAGAUCGAGAGUACUGCAAAUGACUCCAGAGGUGAUAAAACUAAAACAGCCCACUUAAAUGAUAGUACAAUUACAGUCUCCUAUGAGGAAUUUUUAAAAAGUCACAAGGAAAAUAAAGCAGAACACAUACCAGACUCUACAAUGUCAAUUUGUAUUCCCUCUGAAACUGUUGAAGAUAUGGUCAAAAGUGGUUGUAUAAGUGACCCAGGAACCUGUGAAAUUUCCCAACAUGUACGCUAUAAGACAGUUACUGUUCUUGCGCAAGUUCACCCUAUUCCCCCCAGAAAGACAAGGAAAAUACCCUCCAUUUUCUUGAAACAGAAGCAGUUGGAAAUGGAAAAUAGUCUGUCUGAUCCUGAGAAUGAGCAGACUGUUCAGAAAAGAAAAUCUAACGUUGUCAUACAGGAGGAAGAGUUAGAAUUGGCAGUGCUGGAAGCUGGAAAUGCUGAGGCCGUGAAACCGAAAUGCACCCUAGAAGAAAGACAGCAGUUUAUGAAAGCAUUUAGGCAGCCGGCAUCCGAUGUACUUAAAAAUGGAGUCAGAAAGUCUUCUGAGAAGCAGAAAGAGCUCAAUGAAAAAUCUUUAAACGAGGAAGGAAGACACAAUAAUUCUAAAAAAAUCAUGGAAAAUCCUAACAUUCAGGUGGUUUCAAAUGAUGGCAGUUCACCGUCACACACUGAGAAAGGAAGUUUUCCUAACGAGAAAAGUAAAAAGCUGAAGAAAAAGGAUAAGAAAAUGUUAGGUACUGGUAUUACUCCAGGUGAAAAUAGACGGGGAAAUAUUCAAAAGAAAGCAGCAACUUUUUCCUUUAGAGAUAAACAGAAUCAAAAUAGACUUAGAAUGAGUUUAAGACAAAAGAAAACAGAAGUUUUCAAAAACAGCACAUUAUUUAACAGUGAAAGUCUUAUUUGUAAAGAUUUAGCAAAUGAUGACCUUCUAAAGAUUUCCUCUCAGUGUAACAAAAAGUCUUCAAGAAAGACCAGCAUACCAGUUAAGGAUAAGGUUAUACAUUCUAAAGCUGAAACUGAACACAGUUUAAUAAAUGUUUCCACACCCAAGCCAACCAGAAGAUCUGUAAGAACCAGCAGUAUACCUACUACAAUAGUCCUUAGCGGUACCGAUUCUGAAGAUGGUAGUCCAGCAAAGGCUUCCACUCCAAAAGCAGCCAACUUACUAGAAAAGCACAGUUUAUAUACAGCAGAAUUAAUAACAGUACCUUCUGAUUCAGAGAGCCCUAUUAGAAUGAAAUUCACCAGAAUUAGUACUCCUAAGAAAUCUAAGAAAAAAUCUAAGAAAAGAUGUGAGAAAUCUGAAGCAACUGAUGGAGAUUUUACUUCUCAGACUAGAAAGGCAAGCAGUGCUUCCAAAAAUGUAUCUAAAGCAAAACAAUUGAUUGAAAAAGCAAAAGCUUUACACAUUAGUAGGUCAAAAGCUACUGAAGAAAUAGUGAUACCCUUGAGACGUUCAUCUAGACAUCAGACACUUCCUGAAAGGAAGCAAUUGUCAGAAACAGAAGACUCUGUAAUAAUAAUCGAUUCAAAUCCUACUUCUUUAAAGCAUCCUGAGAAAAAUCAGAAGAAACUUCAGUGUCUGAAUGAUGUGCUAGGAAAAAAACUAAACAAGACUCCUAAAAAUGUACCUGGGAAAAUGAAAGUUGCUCCUUUAUUUCUUACCAGAAAGGCUCAAAAAACAGCUGAUCCUAUUCUUGGUUUUGAUGAAAGCAGUCAAGAUACAUCCGAAAAGUCUCAGGAUUAUGAUGUGCAGUUUAAAGCAAAGCGUGACUUUCUAAUGAGUGGGUUGCCGGAUUUGCUGAAACGCCAGAUUGCAAAGAAAGCUGCUGCGUUAGAUGCGUACAGUGCAGUGAGUGCUGGUUUCCAGAGAGUCGUCCACGUACGACAAAAAGAUGAUGGAUCCCAUUUGUGGCAUUUGAAACCACCUACUUGCUCUCUCUUAACCAAACUUAAAGAACUGAAUACUAAAGUACUAGAUCUCUCAAAAUGUGUUCUUGCUCUUGGUGAAUUUUCAACAUUGAAUUCAAAUUCUAAAAGUACUAAGUCUGCUGUUGGGUUUGUGGAAAGAAGGAAAGAUUUGACUGAAGAAGUAAGAAAUCUUUUGCUGGAGGAAAUUAGGUGGUCAAAUCCUGAAUUUUCUUUGAGGAAAUAUUUUUCUUUGCUUCUAAAAAAACGAAGUGAGCACCAGGUGCUUUCUGAGUGUCAUCAUAAACAAGAAAGUCCACAACGAGAGCCCAGUGUCAACCAAAAAGAAAGCAAAAGGAAACGAGUGGAAACGGAAAUUCAUAAGUCAAAAAGAAAGAAACCAAAUGAGUAUUCACAAAGUCCAAAAAAGAUAAAUGGGAAACCAGAAGAGCUUGACAAAAGAAACAACUCCACUGGGAUAAAGCUAGACUCUUGUAAAGAUUCUGGAACUGAAGACAUGCUUUGGACAGAAAAGUAUCAACCUCAGAACUCCAGUGAACUCAUAGGCAAUGAGCUAGCUAUAAAAAAGUUACAUAGUUGGUUGAAAGACUGGAAGAGGAGAGCUGAAUUGGAAGAAAGACAAAACUUGAAGGGAAAAAAAGAUGAGAAACAGGAAGGUCUGUCGGACAGCAUAGAUUUUAAAGGCAGUUCAGAUGAUGAAGAAGAGACUCGCCUUUGCAAUACUGUUCUUAUAACAGGGCCAACAGGAGUGGGAAAAACGGCGGCAGUGUAUGCUUGUGCUCAGGAACUUGGAUUCAAGAUAUUUGAAGUCAAUGCGUCUUCUCAGCGCAGUGGUAGACAAAUUCUAUCUCAACUGAAGGAAGCUACUCAGUCCCAUCAAGUGGACAAGCAAGGUGUAAACUCUCAAAAACCUUGUUUUUUUAAUAGUUACAACCUAGGCAAGUCACCAAAAAAAUUAAGCUCCCCUAAGAAAGUUGUUACAUCACCAAGGAAACUUCCUCCACCGUCACCACAAACUAGCGUACCAAAGCGAACACUUCCACCUAAAACUUUGGCAAAUUAUUUUAAAGUGUCUUCCAAGCCAAAAAAUAAUGAAGAAGUAGUACUUCCGGAAAAUAAUAAAGGAAUAAAAAACUCUUGUGAACAAAAACCAAUUAUUCAGACUAAAUCUACAAACACAACUAAGUCAAAUGUCAAAGGAUUUGGAGCUGAGGAACCCAACAGGAAAAAUGCAACAUCUCUCAUUCUUUUUGAGGAGGUUGAUGUUAUUUUUGAAGAAGAUGCUGGGUUUUUGAAUGCAGUCAAAACAUUCAUGGCAACAACUAAAAGACCUGUGAUCCUUACUACUAGUGAUCCAACAUUUAGUUUAAUGUUUGAUGGCUGCUUUGAAGAAAUUAAUUUCAGUACUCCUUCGCUUCUAAAUGUUGCCAGCUACCUACAGAUGAUCUGCUUGGCUGAGAACUUUAGAACUGAUGUGAAAGACUUUGUAACAUUGUUAACUGCAAAUACUUGUGAUAUCAGAAAAAGUAUCCUUUACUUACAAUUCUGGAUUAGAAGUGGAGGUGGAUUUUUAGAAGAAAGGCCAUUAUCCCUUUGUCGAGGAAAUAGCAGAAACAUUCAACUUGUUUGCUCUGAAGAUGGCCCUGAUUCCAAAAAUAAACCUAAAAAUACUAAAAGGAGUCCUAUAGACCUUCCCAAAUGUGACAUUGGCUGUGUUGAGACCUUGUUUGGCCUUAAAAACAUUUUUUCCCCAUCUGAAGAUUUAUUUUCAUUUCUAAAGCACAAAGUCAGAACAAAGGAAGAAUGGCAUCAGUUCAUCCAGCUUCUUACAGAAUUCCGAAUGCAGAAUGUAGAUUUCUUAUAUAGUAAUCUUGAGUUCAUUCUACCACUACCUGUAAGGAUCAUUCCAGAAACAGAAAACUUUUGUGGUGCAUCAGUAAGUGUGGACACCAGGGCAGCAACAAAAAAUAUGAAAUGUCUUGCUAGGAAACAUUCUGAAGGAGAGAAGCCAUUGAAAAAGCCACAAAAAAAGAAACAAAAGAAAAAGAUGGUAACUCUAGAUGAUAGUGACUUAUUUGACACUGAAUUGGACUUCUCUAAUGAAUUUCUUAGCCUUUCCCCUGCGUCUUCCUCCUCAAAUUCAGAAGAAAGCAAAGCCAGAGACAAAGAAAGGAAUCCAGAGACAAAGAAACUGAACAAAUGUUUAGAGUCUAACAUGGAAUCUACUCCUUGUCCUCCUAAAACACCAGCAGAAAAGAAAUGUUCUGCCCUUGUUUCUCACUGUUUAAAUUCUCUCACUGAGUUCAUGGAUAACAUGUCCUUCUUAGAUGCUCUUUUAACUGAUGUAGAACAAAAGGAAUUUGGUCAAAAUGACUUCAGUUGGACAAAUGUGAAAAGCGGACUUUGUGAUGAGUUUAGUCUGGAGGCCAGUGAUGGAUGGACUUCCCAGAGCUCUGGAGAAUUAAAGGCAGCUGUAGAAGCUCUCAGCUUUACUAAAUGUUCAUCUACUAUUUCAAAGGCACUGGAAACCUUGAAUUCUUGCAAGAAAUCGGGAAGAGAUCCAACGAAAGAGCUUACUCUUUAUGUUUCACAGAAGCGCAGCAAUGUAUACUUUAGUCAGUCAGCAACUAAUUUAGACAGUGCCUGGAAGAGGAUAGCAGUCAUUAAAAGUGUAUUUUCUAGCCGAGCCCUUCUGAACCUGGGGAACAAACAAGCUAGUAUAAUUGAGUACUUGCCAACUCUUCGGAACAUUUGUAGGACUGAGAAGCUAAAAGAACAAGGAAAAAGUAAAAGAAGGUUCCUACACUAUCUUGAAGGUAUUCAUCUUAACAUUUCGAAAGAGACUGUGAACACUUUGGCAGCUGGCUUCCCUUAA